UCGAGAGCGGAGGCCGGCGGAAGACCGAGUUUCAGCGACCAGCCUACCGUAGCGCGCAGGAGGGCGUCCAAGUUCAGGUCCGGAGCGAUGGCACGAUUGACGUUUCCGAUGGCAGCGCUGGCUGCUGUGCUUCUGAUCGCUGCUGCAUCCUCCACCAGCGCGUUUUGCCCGCCCAAGGUGACCAUAGACUCCGUCACAUACGGCGGCACCGGCUGCAACUGGCAAAACACGAAUUACGUGUUUUCGCCGGACUACUCCACCGUCACGUUCAUUUUCGGCGGCAUGGUUGCCACAACCGACGGAGGGCUUGCCAACACGAGGAAGUUCUGCCAGCUCUCCUUCGCGCUGAAGUAUCCUAAGGGCUGGAUUUUCACGCUGGGGAAGGCGACCGGCCGCGGGUUUGCAGCCAUCGGCAAACACUCGUUGGGCGUCUACGAGUCGAGCUACUACUUCUCCGGACAAACGGGCACGUGCACCAUCAGCCGCAAAUUCUACGGUCCGCAAAGCAAGAGCUUCGAGGCCACAGACAAUUUCCUGACGAUGGUGUGGAGCCAGUGCAACGGCGUUCCCAACCUGAACAUCAAGACGGUGGUGAGGGUGCAAGGCGGCAAGGCCGCAAUGUUCCUCGAUUCCCACGACACCAAGUUCCGUCUGGCCUUCGGCAUCMUCUGGAAGAAGUGCUAAGCAGCGAACCACAUCAUCUGUCACUGACAGGGUGACGUCCUCCUGCAGCAGGGCGAGAGGAGAGGACAUUCGUCUUCAAAGCAUC